AUGCCAGGGACAGGGAAGAGAUGGGAGACCAAGAGGGAUGGGCUGGGUGUCGCUCUAGGCCAGCGUGACACCAUGCCAGAGUCAGGAGCCAAGGCUCACGGAGAACCUAGAAUCCCUUGCGGGCUGCGGCCGGCAUCUGUCCCGAUGUGGCUCCUCCCGGUGCUCCUCAUGCUCCCAUUCCUGGGAGAAAGGGGUGAAGGAGGCCGGCCGGUGACCCCGUCUCUCCACCAGGGAGCGGCUUCACCCCGGCAGUGGCCCUGGCAGGUCAGCCUGCGUGACCGGGGCCAGCAUGUCUGCGGGGGCAGUCUCAUUGGCCACCAGUGGGUGCUGACCGCUGCCCACUGUGUCUCCAGCCCACCAGGCUCCGCGAGCCUGCAGGACCUGAGGGUCCAGCUGGGAGAGGCUGCGCUGUACUCCCGUCCCCGGGGCUCCAUCUCCGUGGCUGUCGUCCGCGCCAUCCAGCACCCCUUCUUCACCGGGGACGCUCUCCAGGGCGGUGAUGUGGCUCUUGUGAAGCUGGCACGCCCCGUGCCUUUCUCCAGCACCAUCAGACCCAUCGCCCCGGCUCCACCAGGCUCAGACUUCCCUGCAGGCUCCCUCUGCUGGGUGACCGGCUGGGGGGACGUCCAGCAGGACGUGGCCCUGCCUGAGCCCCGCAGGCUGCAGGAGGCAAACGUGCGCGUGGUUGGCCUAGACAGCUGUCGCAGGCUCUACUACCCAGAGCCCAUCACCAAGAACAUGCUCUGCGCUGGUGACGUCCAGGGCCAAAAGGGAUUCUGUGAGGGCGACUCCGGGGGCCCCCUGGUCUGUCAGCUGCGGGACAGGCGCUGGGUGCCGGCAGCGGUGGUGAGCUUCAGCAGGGGAUGUGCUGAGCCCGGACUCCCCGGGGUGUAUGCCCGGGUCUCUUCCUACUGGGCCUGGAUCCAGCGCCACCUGCUCCCGCCCGGGCACUUUCGCAGGAACUUCCGCAGGGGCUGA